AUGGCAUAUCCGCUUAUAUUAUUACUGAUAUUGAUAGGAACAGUAAACGGUAAGCAAUAGAUUGUCUGUUGCAACCUAUUUUUUUCACAGGAUAUCAGGGGAUUUCCGAGUAAACUCAAUUCUUUCGCCCAUAUCCAAUUUUUGUUUGUCCUGAAAUGUGCAGGGCCCAGACAGGCACCUCGCAAAGUUUUUGUGUAUUGUGGACGCCGUACAGUACAAAAGAAAAAAAUUCCUAUGGGCGGAAUUUAAAGUUAAGUUGAGCGUCAUGCGCGAAAAAAAUUGAAUUUACUUGGAACCCCUCUUAUAUGAGUCUUAUGCGUCCUUGUAUAUUUUAGCCAAAUACCGUCUCUGUCCCAAUGACGGUCAGCCAAAGACACAAGAAGAUGGCACCCUUAUCCAAUGUCUACCAGGUAACCAGUAAAAAUAACAAAACCGUUACCUUCCUUAAGGACAAAAUUCGGUCGACGUUUGCGGAAAAGGAUAUUCAUGCUUCUUUUCUGGGUUUAAUUACCAAUGUUGUCCUUCAAAUGAAGAAGAAGCAAUCCCUUCUCACGCUGACUGCCCUCGCGGGGCCAUGGCUGUGUUAGAUUCAUCGGGAUACCCGGUUAAAUGUUCAACCCUGGGCAUCUAUUGCCCCAAGGUAUGACCGUAUGAACACUAAUCUCUAUUAUCCAGAAAGACAUGUUCUGUUUUGACGGAACUGAAUCACCAUUCUGUUGUGAAUACCCUCAUAGAAGGACCACUGAUGCACCAAUACCAAGAGAAGCCGAAGAAUUCUUUAAAGACGAUGAUGAACAGUUGAUUGAGAAUAAACAACACGGCGAGAAUCAAUCGGUAGAUCAAUUGGAAUGCCCUGCAAAAAGCCUUACUAUCCUAGGUGAUGACGGGAAACCUCUCUCAUGUCAACAGAACAACGAAUGUCCUAGUGUAAGUCCAAGAAAAUAAUGCAAUAUUUGAUGCAUCUAAACCAAUUUUAGAGCAUGUACUGUUACGGGGAGAAGGCAAAGAUCUGCUGUGAAAAUGGUUCCGCAGCGGCAGUCGAACCAGCCAACUCAAUCGCGGAAGAAUCAACAUCUACGUCAACAACCAGCACAAGUACACCAACAAGUACACAAACUACUCAGACUCCUACAACGACUAGAACUUCCACAGCUGCUGCGCCCGCAACAUUAUCGACGACAUCAGAUCCCCAGCAACCUGUCAGAAUACAUGCUGUCAGGACUGCCACCAAGGAGCCCACCUAUAAACAACAUCCAAAUGGAGGAUAUAGUAUAAACAGCCAACCAAGGAUCAAUCAAGAAGCCGAGAAGAAAGAAAUAGCUCAACAUUACCUACUCGAGCAAAUAAAACGAGGAUGGCCUUACGACGAUCGAUACUACAGACCAGAAAGUAAGUAAAAAAAAUUAAACAACCAUCAUGAACAAAACAUUAUAGAUAUGGUAACGGUAAAACAGAACGGGUCGACUGCAGCUUUCGUACAUUUCAAUUGA